UGUCAUAAACUUGGGCGAAGAGCAGAACAUCCGACGUCCAGAGAUAGCAGCAUUGCCAUUGUUCACUUGGAUCCCUUACAAAGACAAAAAAUGUUCAGAAAUCGACGUUUUCUUAAUCGACCUCUGGCUCCUUGAAGGUGGCGGAAGAUUUCGGGAUAAGGCUUUGUUGUUUCCGAUUAAGGUUCCUAAGAAUUUUUUUCAAUGUCCAGUCCGAGUGUCUGUACCUUCUCUCAUACCUUUCGCAAUGCUAAAAGAAAAGUUCACAGAUGAAGAAAACUGCACCACUUAUUCAUAUGUGGGGUAUGAAGUGGAGAACUUCAAGCUUGUAGCGGAGGCGUUGAACUUAAGCAUUCUGUAUGGAGAAGUCCCUCCUGGGAGAAUUCCAGAAACCCAUAAGAAAGGAAUAGAUGAUGUGGUCGAAGGAUUUUCAGACUUAGCAUUCGGUGGAUAUCCUUUGCACCUGUUUCUCGCAAAUAUGUUGGAUCCAACAAUACCUUAUCUGAAAGAGUAUCUCAAAUGGUAUGUUCCUUGCGGUAACCCUGUGCCCAGAAGCGAGAAAGUAGCAAAUAUUUUCAAAACCCACAUGUGGUUAGCUAUAUUCUUCGUGUUUAUGUUAGCAGCUGUGGUGAUGCGGCAGUUAUCAAAGCGUUCAGAACUGUUUGAUUUCGAGAGCCGAGGCUUCAGGGAUGUUUCCGGAUGUUUCUACAAUGUGUGGGCUGUAUCCAUGGGGGUACCUGUAUCGGAUAUGCCCAGAAAUUCCACGACGAGAUUUGUAUUUCUCUGUUUGGUUUGGUACUGUUUUGUUCUAAGAACGUUAUUUCAGACCUGCUUUACUAGCAUCCUCGUUAACCCUGGUAUAAUUGAUCAGAUCAGAACCAUUGAAGAGCUAUAUCAAUCUGACUUGGUAUAUUUCCGUAACGACGAAAUGGAUACUCUCGUGCAAUUCACCGUUCCUGACUACCACAGCGGGAUUCGUCUGCAGAAGGAGGAAUGUGGCAACUGGAGCGCUUGUAUGACCGAGUAUCUGAACAGCCAACGCGGUGCUGCAGUAAGCUUCGGUGUUUUCACGGAAUAUGCAGUUUUGUUAUCAGUGCCUGCUGGAAGUGAGGAGCCUCAACUCUGCACUUUGCGUGAAGAUAUUUAUAGGCUGGAUUACACUAUGUACUUCAGGAAGGGAAGUCCACUACUUGGCCCUUUCAACAAGGUUAUCCGUCGCAUAAUGGAAAGUGGAUUGAUACUUAAAUCAACGAAUGAUUUCAAAGAAACUUUCAGAUAUAUAAAUUGGUCUAGUGGUCUGAAGUUACCUAAUCUGAUCACAAAAACUGACGAUGGUUAUACUGUGUUUUCAUUAUAUCAUUUAACAAUUAUAUUCCGUGUUCUUGCACUGGGGUGUGUAAUGAGUUGUGUAGUAUUUGUGGGCGAGCUGUUAUAUUGUAAAGUCUUUAAAUAA